AUGGAAGAACGGAAGACUCGGCCGGCAUCGGUCGUCACUAAUGAUCCGCUGUCUGCUGCUAUCGAGCCAGCGUUGAAGGUGGGCGCAGCAUGUGGCGGUGCAGGUUUCCUGUUUGGUAGCGCUGCCGGUAUCGUUCGUGGACUGCCUCCGGGAUUGUCAGGUGGCAUUUCUGCCUUGCAGACAUUUGCUAUAGGGACAAUCUUCUCAGUGACCCGCACGGGGAUCGUUCAGGCAUGGACAGUGAAUGGGGUACCGCCUGUUCGCAGAGACUUGACGAUAGCGAGUACCAUUGCAGGCGCGGUCUCCGGCGGUGGCGUGGGAUUCAUCGCUAGAGGAAGGGCCAACGUGCUUCCGGGGGCCAUCAUGUUCUCCUUAUUCGGGGCAGCAGGACAAUCGAUCUACAACAGAUGGACAGCACCGAAGGAGGUCGUCUCGAAGCAGAACUUUUGGAAGCGCAUGGCCGACAAGAGUUGGACGCCCUUCAAAGUGCUGAGUAAUGAAGAAUAUGCAGAAAUGUUGAAGGAAAAGAUGCUCAAAGUCGAUGUUGAAAUUGCAGUGCUGGAUGACAAGAUUGCUGCCCUGAAAGAGCAACAGUUGAGGGAGGACAGCAACACGACGGAAGUGCCAGAGGGCCGAAAUGACGGAGGGACUUGA